AUGGGUCAGACAUUGUCGGAGCCCGUCGUGGACAAGAAGUCCGACGAGGGCCAGGAUGAGCGGGUCGCCUUUGGCGUCAGCGCCAUGCAGGGCUGGAGAAUCAGCAUGGAGGACGCACAUGCCGCCAUCCUCGACCUACAACCACAUGAAGGCAAGGGUGAGAACGGUGACGGUGAGCUCGUGCCUGCGGCUGGAGACGUGAGAAUAUCCUUCUUUGGCGUCUACGAUGGCCACGGCGGCGACAAGGUCGCCCUAUACACCGGCGAGCACCUGCACAAGAUCAUCGCCAAGCAGGAGUCCUUUAAGAAGCUCGACUUUGAGCAGGCUCUCAAGGACGGCUUCCUAGCCAUCGACCGCGCCAUCCUGAGUGAUCCAAAGUACGAAGAAGAGGUAUCUGGAUGCACUUCCACAGUGGCUAUCAUUACGAACAAGAAGAUUUACUGUGGUAACGCUGGCGACUCGAGAACCGUCUUGGGUAUCAAAGGCCGCGCAAAGCCUCUUUCAUUCGAUCACAAGCCUCAGAAUGAGGGCGAAAAGGCGCGCAUUUGUGCUGCUGGCGGGUUCGUUGACUUUGGCCGUGUAAAUGGCAACCUUGCGCUCAGCCGAGCCAUCGGCGACUUUGAAUUCAAGAAGAGCGCCGAUCUUCCCCCCGAGCAGCAGAUCGUCACCGCAUUUCCCGACGUAACGGAGCAUGAGUUGGGAGAGGACGACGAAUUUCUCGUUGUCGCUUGUGACGGCAUCUGGGAUUGCCAGUCCUCGCAGGCUGUGGUGGAAUUUGUACGAAGAGGAAUCGCCGCAAAGCAAGAGCUGCAUGCAAUCUGUGAGAACAUGAUGGAUAACUGCCUCGCGUCCAACUCAGAAACUGGCGGCGUGGGAUGCGACAACAUGACCAUGGUGGUCAUUGCCCUCCUCAACGGCAAGACCAAGGAGGAGUGGUACAAGAUGGUCGGCGAGCGAGUAGCAAAUGGAGACGGGCCUUGCGCUCCUCCCGAGUACGCCGAGUUUAGAGGACCUGGCAUGCAUCACGGCUUUGACGACUCGCCCGACGACUAUGACAUGGACAUGGAUCAACGUACACGAAUGCUAGGCCGCGGUGACGACGACGACGUCGAUAUGGAUGAGCGUGGCGAUGCCGAAGAGGACACGGACGACAAGGACCUGGAAGAGCUGCUGCGCAACAAAGACUCCACGCAGAAGCUCAACGGCGAAUCGCUCGAGAAGACUGAUGCAUCGCGGAGUGAACGAGGCGAGACACCGGCACCUUCAAAAGUGGGUGAAUCGAAGCAAACCACGGAUGAACCCAAGCCAGUGGCAGACUCCACAUCAAGCAAGUGA